CCGUCGGACGUGACGUUGGAGCCCCCCACUGAAACUCUAGAAAGUCCUCUGCAAAACUUUUGAUGGGAGUGAUUUGGGGGGAAAACGACGACGACGAACGAACAACAAGUUUACUGACUUCCAGAACUGGCUUCUCGGAAUGUUUAAACAUUUUAGACCUUGCAACCCGCCGUCGAAAUGUUCUCACGGUUGCUCCGCAGCAUGGACGUGGACGUGGUGACGGCUAUUUGUGUAACUUUAUUGUUGCUGAAAACUUGUGCGUAUUCCGCCCAGGAGGAAGAGGACGACGGCGUGAUUCUGGAGCAAGAAAAGCUCACAGAGUUUUACAGAAAGGGUCUUUUCAUCCUGGAGAGCAACCUUCUUCAACGCUGUGUCACAGUGGAACAUUCCAACCUGGUGCUCCGGGACUGUCGUCGUCCCACCCGCCGCAUGCUGUGGAACCCCUCGGAACUUUCCAAUGCGACAUGGACCUUCCCGUACUGUGGUGGCGCUGCAGAGGAAAUAUGCUGUACGGGGCGUCCCGGUGGAAGGUGGCUGUCGCUGGGAAUUUGGUGGUGGUGAAAAGAAACUCUUAUCAUGAGUGGAAAAGGUACAACACUCCGAGAGAGGGGCCCUGCUCAAAUCCAUAUGAAGAUAUCCACACCUUGUUGGGGAAUGCACACGGCAUGCCCUGUGCUUUCCCAUUUAAAUACAACAAUAAAUGGUACUCAGAGUGCACCACUGAGGGCCGUGAAGAUCAUCUUCCGUGGUGUUCGACCACCCCUAGAUAUGAUGAGGCUGAAAAAUGGGGAUUCUGUCCAGUGCAUGAUUACAGUUGUGAGCAUUUUUGGGAGUCCAACCAGGAGCUUCGUGCUUGCUACCAGUUCAACUUGUAUACCAUCCUGACCUGGAGUCAAGCAAUGCUAACAUGUCAGGCUCAGGGUGGAAAUCUGCUCAGCAUCACCAGCUUGGCAGAGCACAGGUACAUCAGAGAUCGGCUGAAUAGUGUUGGCGCAAUGGUCUGGAUUGGGCUCAACCACUUGAAGGACGGUCGGGGGUGGCAGUGGUCAGAUGGCGCACCUCUCUCAUUGGCUAAUUUUACCACAGCGCUGCCGGCCAGCCCUCUGGAAGACAACAGACAAUGUGGAGUGUACAACUCUGGCCCUGAAGGACUCUGGCAGAGUCUUUCCUGUGAGUCUGCUCUGCCUUACAUCUGCAAGAAGACGCCCAAUGACACGCUCAGAGCUGAGCCAUUCGAGAACUGGCAGUAUAUCCAAACAGUGUGUGAUGAUGGCUGGCUGCCUCAUAACGGUUACUGCUACCAGAUUCUGGCGCAUGCAGGAAGCUGGGAGGAGUCUUCUCAGGCAUGCCGCUCUCGCAAUGCCAACCUCAUCAGCCUUCACUCUCUCUCUGAAGUGGAGAUCCUGCACAGCCUUCUGGCUAACUAUUCUGGCGAGGCUUCAGCAAUGUGGAUCGGUCUCCGGAAACAAGCUUCAUCUGCUAGUGUAGAGUGGUCUGAUGGCUCGCCAGUAACUCUCACAAUGUGGCACCAGUAUCACCCUCCUCACAACCUAACUGGUGCAACUCUCUGUGCCAAGGCGGACAGGAAGGAAGGCGCCUGGGUUUUGGUUUCUUGUGAUGAGCAACUUCCAGCUGUGUGCAGAAUGGAGAAACAUCAGACAUUGGGGCAUGAACCUGGAACUUGGGAUGAAGGCUGCCCUGAGGGCUGGAAGCGUCAUGGUCACUCCUGUUACACAAUCACCAGCCAUGAGCAGACGCAUAAAGAUGCACGGAGUGGCUAUUACUGCAAUGCACCUCUGCUUACUGUGGAAAACAGAUUUGAGCAAGCAUUUGUCAACAGUUUGUUGAGUGCUAAUGGGGCCAACAGCAACAUGUCAUAUUGGAUUGGCCUUGUAGACUCAGGAGAGAGGGGAGAAUACAAAUGGCUUCAUCACAAUAGCUCCAAUCUGUCCCUCACCUUCACAAACUGGAACAAACACCAGCCAGUCAGUGCCAAUGGCUGUGUUGCGAUGUCAGGUGGCUCUGCUCUAGGCCACUGGGAGGUGAAAGACUGCAAUUCCCACAAGGCCUUGUCAGUAUGUAAGCAGAGCAUCAGCAACUACCAAGAAGGCGAGCUGCUACCUGUAGCCCACAUCGAUGCCUUCAGCGCCUGUCCUCCAGGAUGGGAAUCACAGCCUGGUCUCCUCUAUUGUUUUAAAGUGUUUCAUGAUGAAAAGGUGCUCAUGAAGCGCUCCUGGGUGGAAGCUGAUUACUUUUGCCAGGCUCUUGGGGCUCAGCUGGCCAGUUUCCGCACCUAUGAGGAGCAAGUGUUUGUCAAGCAACUGCUCAGUACCAUGUUUGAAGGAACAGAGGGUCGCUGGCUGUGGGUUGGCUUUAAUAAAAGAGAUCCUGAACAUGCAGGAGCUUGGGAAUGGUCUGAUGGUUCUCCCGUGAUGACCUCCUUCAUCGAGGAUAAAAAUGACGAGGAUGAUAGGAGGGACUGUGCAGUGUACAGUGACCUGCCUAACAGCCUCAUGCCACGGCCAUGUGAAAGCCAACAUGAGUGGAUCUGUAAAGUAGCAAGAGGAGAUCAACUGAAAAAGCCCUACUGGUACACUGAGCAGAGUGAGCCGUGGGUGUUUUACCGUGGAGCUGAGUACCUGGUGGCCAAGCAGCCCUUUAACUGGGACGCCGUUUCUCUUGCCUGUCAGAUGAUGGGAGCUUACCUGCUGUCCAUUCACUCCAAAGAAGAGCUCAGCUUUGUUAAAGAGCGCUUGCGCCGGCUCUCUGUAGGACCCACUGACUGGUGGAUUGGUCUUUCCAUUGACCAGCAUGGAGAGGAGGUCAGGUGGAGUGAUAAGACAGAGGUCAACUUUGAUAACUGGGCACAAGGAAGUGAUGGCCACAAUGUCAAGAAAAAUGGGUUGUGUGUCACUAUGUCAUCGUCAACAGGGAAGUGGUCAGCCAAUAAAUGCAACGAUCUUUAUGGAUAUGUUUGUAAGAGAAAGACCGUCUCUGUAGUGGAGACUCCGAGGGAACCGCAUUACAUCGGUGGUUGUCCGGAGAAAUGGCUGUACUUUGGACACAAGUGUCUCCUGCUUCACCUCCCUGACACUUCAAGGGAGGGGAAGAGUUGGAACGACGCCCGUUCCAUCUGCUCCUCUUUCCAAGGCUCACUCGUGGCUAUAGAAGAUGAGAUUGAACAAGCAUACAUAACCAUGCUGCUUCAAGGCAUCUCAGUAGGUGUGUGGAUUGGUCUGUGGAAUCAAGACACCAUGAAAUGGACUAAUGGGCGGCCAGUCAGCUAUACCAACUGGUCUCCUGUUGAACCAAAGAGCUACCUCAAUGAGGAUGAGUUGCUCAUUAGCUCCAUCGAUGAACCUCUGUGCACCGUGCUGUCCAACAACCACAACGUUCACCUGACAGGGAAAUGGUAUGAUGAGAAGUGCAGUGAGGAUGGCUAUGGCUUUGUUUGCCAAAAACCUCAAGAUACAUCCAAACCCCCAGCCCACUCUUCUCGCCACCCUCUCCCCGACAGUGUUGAGUACAAAAGUCGCAGUUACAAGGUGGUUUCAGGCAACAUGAGCUGGUAUGAUGCCAUGCAUAUGUGCAUAGACAGUGAUUCGGACCUAGUGAGCAUCACAGAUGCCUACCACCAGGCUUUCCUUACGGUCCUUGUCAAUAGAUUAGGAGUCCCGCACUGGAUUGGACUGUACAGCCAAGAUAGUGGCAUCAACUAUCAGUGGUCAGAUAUCAGCGAUACGGUGUACACACACUGGGACGCGGCCGAAGAUGACGAAGAGACCGGAGAAUGCGUUUACAUGGACGUGAAUGGCGGGUGGCGACGAGCUGACUGUGAAACUCUUCUACCAGGAGCUUUGUGUCACAUUCCUCCGCCAAGAAAUAAGCCGUUUAUUUCCUAUGAGGCUGUGUGCCCCGCAACAUGGGUGAAAUUUGGAAGUGGCUGUUACAACUUUGAGCCUCUGGUGCAGAGACUGACUUUUGAGGAGGCGCGUGAGCACUGCAGACGAAAAGUCAACACUUCCGAUGUCUUGUCCAUCGAGAAUGAGGUCGAGAACCGCUUUGUCCUGGAGCAGCUGUGGUCUUCAGGGUUCCUUCACCAGAACAUGUGGUUGGGGCUUUACUUCAACAUUGACACCGAUUCUAUGGCUUGGGUGGACGGUUCACCUUUGGACUACAGCAGCUGGACCAACAAAGCUCCAGACUUGAAGACGCUGACGGCAGACACCUGUGUCACCACCCGGGCGGUUGACGGAAUCUGGCGCUUGUCAGGGUGCACCCAGCGCCUCGGCUUUGUGUGCAAAACUAUAUCAGAUGUAACUACUGAGGUGGAAGUGGAACCUAUCAGUGGACUACAUUACGGCGUCAUCCUUGCUGCUGUGGUGGUGGCCGUGUUGAUCUUCGCUCUGCUGGCAGGAGCGCUGUGCUUUGCUUAUAGAAGGAACGCUGCACAUUUCCGGGGGCUUCCUGCACUCGGUAGCGCCUAUUACCGACAAAGUGGCUCCCAAGCGGCAGAGUCUGAUGGUAAUGUGCUGAUCACAGAGCUGGACGAUCACACAGGAUAACGUGAAAGACUGACAUUGCCACAUUGCUUCAGACAGUGGUAGCAAACCUUUUAUGAUUCACUUUAAGAAAGCCAUUUGAGCAUUUUUUUCCAUUGGCGCACGUACUGUAGCUCUCGGUCCUCACUAGGAAGGGUAGAGUAGAAUGACUGUCUUACUAGUAUUUUCUUUCCAUUAUUAAUGCCAUUUUGGUUCAAUAAUACAUUGGCUUUCCACAGAUCUGAGCUUCCUAUAAGAAAACAAUACAUGCUUUCUGCCGACAGCCAGGAUCAAACCAGGUACCUUUAGAUCUUCAGUAUACCUCUCUCCCCUCUGAGCUAUUUCAGCUCAUGGGCAAUGUAUACUAUCUUCACCGAUUAACAUGACAAAAGGGGUAACUAGUUCCUGGGAAGCAAAUCAAGAUGAAAACUGUUUUGAGUUGGGUAUCAUGUGAGUACAGAUACUGUAAUGCUAUAGGUAAAAAAAUUACUUAAAUUCUUUUCACCCUAAAAACAAAUUAUAGUAAAAACGAAACUUUUUGGGCUUUGUACAUUUGAAUUAACAGUCCAAUUAGUGUUGUUGAAACUGUACUUGCAGUACAAGUAUUUUGUCAGUAUUACUAAUAUAGAUGUAAAUACAUGUUUUACUGAUUUUCUGCAUUAAAAUCUGUCAAACCUCAAACUGUAUAAGGUUAUGGGAAGCAUUAAUUCUAAUUUCCUUGAUAUCCUGCUUUCUCAUUGUAUAUUAUUACUCUAUUGACUUUUUUUUUUUAGUGGGGAGGCUAAAGAGCAUACCAGGAUAUAGAACUUAAAGGGAAGUCAACCCCAAAAUUUUCUUGGUAGUAAUAUUACGGCUCAGGUCAGAACUAAUCACAGCUCAGCUUCAGAAAACUGGUGAGCCGGAUACCAAGUAGAUAAAAACAGGUGGAUUUUGCUACGUAGUAACUCAUUCCACAAACGCAAUAUUAAUCAGAAUGCUGUGUUUUGACUGGUGGGGACACACACAACAUAAUGUAAAGAUUCUUCUGGGCUUGACUGCUCCUAUAAGCUGGAUAUUAAGGAUAUCGAAUAAAUGCUAACCAAACAGCUUUCAACGUAAGAUGACAGAUAACUGGAUGUGUUAUUUUUUGCAAAGCAAGUUAUAAGCUGUCAUUUGCACAGUUAUGUGUAAAUAUAUUUCAAUAAAUUCAAGGAGGUCCAACAAA